AUGCUGAUAACUAAAAUCAAGAAACGAAACAACGAAUUAGCUCGGAAAGAUUGGUGGCCAGACCCAGAUGACUUGCUUGAAGCAGGAUAUACCGACGCCAAUGGCGAGUUCCACCUUCAAGGUGGAACCGUUGAGACAACUCCUAUCGACCCCGUUUUGAAAGUAUACCAUGACUGUAAUGAUGUAACAGGAUUUCUCGGCGUACCUAAGCCUGGUAGCCGAAAAGUGAAAUUUUCUUUACCCGACAAGUAUAUCACCGAAGGAAUGGUCCCGAAAAAAGUUAUGGAUAUUGGGUCGAUCAAUCUUGAAUUGGAAUUCAUGGAUGAGGGACGCGAGUUUAUCGUUGACUAA